AUGACCAAGACAAUUCAAAAUACAAUAACUGGUCCAUGUCUUCCGGAUUUGCAAACCCUUUAUAACACCAGUUUCGAUCAAAUAGCGUACGUCAACACUGUUUCCGUUGGAGCGCUGUGUAGUAAUGUUAACAAGCAGAUUGCUUAUAUGAUGUGUCUGAUGAUAAUAGGCAUAACCACUUCACUCUAUACAUAUGCCAAGACGUUGUCCUUCCUAUUCUGUGGUGGAAUCGAUUCCUUUAUUAACGUAUGGAUAGUGGAGAUGUGGGGACAGAAUUGCGGGCCAUUCGUACAGGGAUUGCAGUUUGUGUUGGGUGUGGGCUCUCUAACCACACCAGUCAUUGUAAAUCCAUUUCUGUCACAACCGGUCACAGUAUAUGAGUAUCUAAAUACCACAUCAAACCAAACACUGCCGACAAAUGGAUUGUCGGCGUAUAUGAUUGCAUUGGCUAAUGAUAUACUGCUAAACUGGAAUAACUACUGGACAUCAUUUGCUGGUAGCUAUGGUCUCGAACUAGAUAACAAUUUGGCCAAUGACAUUCUCACUGCAAUGCUCGCAUUUCCCAUGUUUUAUUUGUAA